CGGAUUUCGGUGCACCAUUCAAACACAAUGCCAAAGUCAUGUGCCAGGGUGGCAUCCGUUUUCGGAAACCUUGACCAUGUACGGGUUGUCAUAAUCCCAUCAUGAACGCCUAACUAGUUAUCGUUGGCUAAUUCCCAAAAGUCCACCAGUCCUUGGACGCUGGAGAUAGUAUUUAUUUUACUGAAACCUUUAUCGGUGAUAAUGGAACCAGCGAACACAAGAAAAAUCUUCUCCGGCACGACUACAUUGGGAAAUAAUAAUCUUUCUUUUCCGGUUCGCAUCGCGCUUGACGAUGCCAUACAUGAUGGGAUCAUAGACAACCUGAUCAAGGAACAGCAAAAUGGCGGGAUAGAUGAUUCGUUUUAUGUGCUCGAGCUAGAUGCCAUACUGCGGCUAUGUUGCCUCUGGCGUGAAACCCUACCAAGAGUAGAACCGUUCUACGCCGUAAAGGUCAACCAUGACCCAGCAAUUUUAUACACUUUGGCAUCUCUUGGAGUGGGAUUUGAUUGUGCCAGUAAAGACGAAAUUCAGCGCGUUCUAGAAAUUGGAGACGUUAAUCCAAACCGGAUUAUUUAUGCACAUCCCUGCAAACAGAUAACGCACCUGCAGUACGCAGUGCAGAAUGGGAUUUCACUGGCCACGUUCGACAACGAAGACGAAUUACACAAAAUCAGACAAGCCGAUCCCACCAUGCAGUUACUGCUGAGAAUUCAAGCCGACGAUCCCCUUGCUGAUUGGAAAAUGGGAAUUAAAUUUGGUGCAACUCUGGAAGAGGGAAAGAGAUUGUUGUCUGUCGCUGCGAAAAUGGAACUAAACGUUCUUGGAAUUAGUUUCCAUGUCGGGAGCGGAUGCCGGACAACAGAAGCUUUCAGCGAUGCAAUAGCCGACGCAAAGACUCUCUUUGAUUAUACACGGAUCACCUUUGGCUACUGUAUGAAAAUUUUGGAUAUUGGCGGUGGAUUUCCGGGAAGUUCUGAACUGCAGAAAACUUUCAAAAAGUUCGGGAAUAUUGUGAAUAACUCACUGGAAGAAUAUUUUCCCACUUCUUCGGGCGUCCGCAUAAUUGCUGAACCUGGGCGUUUUUUUGCAAUGGCGCCAUACACACUUUGCUGCAGUAUUAUUGCUAGAAGAGUCCUUCCUGACAAGACAUCCCGGCCCAUGUAUUAUAUCAGCGAUGGGAAAUACGGAUCUCUGAUGUAUUAUCCUCUGGAAGGAAAGGGCAGCUUCAGAUUAGUUCGUAGAUCCAGAACCAUAUUAUUAUCGGAGAGCGAUGCGAGCUCGGCCUCUGCUUCCUUGUGGGGUCCCACUUGCUGUGGUACUGACUGCAUCAUGCCCGAAAUACCUUUGCCGGAAAUGGCUAUUGGAGACUGGAUUGUCUUCUACGAAAUGGGAGCGUAUUCCUACACCAACGCAACAACUUUUAAUGGAUUUCCUAAGCCGCGUACCGUUUAUGUGGCACGAUCACGAUAUCUGUCAGAAGCACAUGUAAAACGACCCUCAAGUUAUACUUAAUUUAAGGUCAUGAUCAUAAUAAAUUAUACAAGAAACAGCUGCGGCUUCGCCUCUGCGUUUCUUGUGAUCCAACGUGGGGAGGCCGCGCGUAAUAUUGAUCUUUUUCUUAAUAAUAUUAGAGACUCUAUUAAGGCUCUUUAACUUUUCAUGACAUGCUAUAUAGCACGACUUACAAUUAUUCUAUUGUAUUCAGCAACUAACUACCAAGUGCUUUCUUCACGCUACUGCCAUCAGCGCUUUAUUCAUUUUAUUGUGCAAAUAGAAAUA